UUAAAAAUUUAUAUUCUUUCAUUAAAAAACAUUUAUUUCAGAGUAGCCCAAUUCAAUACAGGAAAAUGAAUUCGAAUUCAAACGUUUCGUUCGAAAUAAUGAAAGAACAAUUAUGUUUGAAUUGUUUAUUUCUUCCCUCAUUUUCUCUACUGAAAACCAUCGGUUUGGAUAUAUUAUCUUCGUGCAAAAGUAUACAAUGUGAUGUAAAAUCUCGACUAUUGAAAAUAUAUUUGGUAUUCGUGCAAUUAAUUUUCUUCAUUUCUGCUUCUUCCAAAGCAAUAGAAAUAUUUUAUAAAUUAAAAGGAUUUCAAACUGGAUGCCUAAAAGACCAUUCUUCUCAACAAGAUGUCGAAAAUACUAGAAGCUACCGAAAAUGCAAUAAAAGUGAUGGAUCAUCGAAAGAUUCAGCGAAACAUGAAGAAUCACGAAGCGGUAUAUCGAUUCUUAAACCACAUAAAUCAUACUUUUGAAAAUUGUAUAUUCAUCAGCUACUUCUCGAGUAUUUACUCAUUGUGUUUGUGCAUUUAUAAUGUAACAAUUGGAGGAUCAGAAAUUCUAAUUAUGAAAUAUUUUUUAAUUCCAAUCAUCAUAGGCGUAUCUCUUACUUUGAUAUAUCUUUCCUAUGGAAUUUCACGACUUUUUAUCUUGUUCUAUGGAUCAAAUCAAGAAGUAAGAAAAUUCUCAAUUUCUUAUUUGCCCAUUCAAACGAAAUUAAAGAUGUUGUGUUUCAUGAAGCUGUUUUAUAACAAAGAAAUUGGAUUUUCUUGUGGAGGAUUCUUUACUCUUUCGAGAGCAUUUCCCUUACGAGUUAUUAAAUCUCUCUUCAGUGCAUUUUCUCUCUUGUUGGAACUAAGAAGUUUAAUGGAAGAAAAAGUAUCUUGUAGAAAUUUUUACUUGGCUCGAAAUAUCAGUACUGCAUUCAAUGCAUUUCAACACAAUUCUAUUAUAAAUUUAUAA